UAAAUGAAUUGUCACCUUUUAGUAAAACACAUUCACCAUUUUUGGCACUAGAAUAAUAAAUUUAGAAUAAAUUAAUCAAUUUAAAGAUAUUGAAACUCAGUGCAACAAUAUAAAAAUCAUAAAAAUACUUAGUCAAAUUAUAUGAUUUAUAGCCUUAUCAUACUACAAUUUUAAAAACUAGCGUUAAUAAGGCCAAAGAAUGCAUAAAAAUCAUUUUAUCUUUUUCUCUUUCUUUCUUUCCUUUCUAAGUAAUAUGAAAUAUAUAUACACGCAUUAAUUGUAAAGAGAAAUCAACGGUGGCUUUGCAGUUGAAGGUCGGGAAAUGGCAGAGCUUAAGCAAAACAGGAAAGAAGAAGUAGAAGAAAAUGAAGAAACGGAGAUGCAGCAAUGGGCGGCUAUAGAAAGGCUUCCAACUCUUAAAAGGCUAAAGUAUUCUCUGUUCAACCAAAGAAUUGUGAACGUGGCUGAGCUCGGUGCUGUGGAGAGGCAUCGCUUCAUUGAUGAUCUGAUCAAAAAUGUUGAAGAAGAUAACAGAAGACUUCUGGAGAAUCUCAUAGAAAGAAUGAAAAAAGUUGACGUGAAGCUGCCAACUAUUGAGAUUUUAUACAAGGAUCUUACCGUGGAAGCUCAAUGCAAGGCUGUGAAAGAACAGCAGCUACCAACUCUUUGGAACACGAUCAAGGAGACGAUCAAGGGAUUUACAACAGCAAUUGGAAAAUCAAGCAAGGUAAAUUUAAGUAUAAUAAAGGAUGUGAGCGGGAUCAUCAAACCUUCAAGGAUGACGCUUUUGCUUGGACCUCCAGGAUGUGGAAAAACAACAUUGUUGUUAUCUCUAGCAGGGAAAGCUAACCAAUCUCUCAAGGUAACAGGGGAGAUUACUUACAAUGGUUCUAAACUAGAUGAAAUGAACCCAGAAAAAACCUCAGCUUACAUCAGUCAAUAUGACUUGCAUAUUCCUCAAAUGACUGUAAGGGAAACUCUGGACUUUUCAGCAAGAUGUCAAGGAAUAGGAGACAGAGCAGGUAUCAUGGAAGAAGUGGUAAGAAGAGAGAAGCAGGCUGGUAUUGUUCCAGAUCUCAUGAUAGACACCUACAUGAAGGCAAUUUCAUCCGAGGGAUUACAAACAAGCCUACAAACAGACUACAUGUUGAAGAUUCUUAAUCUCGAGACCUGCUCAGAAACAAUGGUUGGAGAUGCUAUGAGGAGGGGUAUUUCUGGUGGUCAGAAAAAAAGAUUAACAAUAGGCGAGAUGAUGAUUGGGCCAGCUCGAGCAUUUUUCAUGGACGAAAUAUCAAAUGGCUUGGACAGUUCCACAACAUAUCAGAUAAUUUCUUGCAUCCAGCAAUCUGUCCAUAUCACAGCGGCAACUACUUUAAUUUCUCUUCUUCAACCUGCACCAGAGACUUUUGAUCUUUUUGAUGACAUUAUUUUGAUGGCAGAAGGGAAAAUAAUAUACCAUGGACCACGCGAACGAGUACUCGGUUUCUUUGAGGAUUGUGGUUUCAGAUGUCCGCACAGAAAAGGAAUCGCUGACUUCCUUCAAGAGAUCAUUUCAGAAAAAGAUCAAGCACAAUAUUGGUACAACAAAGAAACGGCUUACAGUUUCAUCAAUGCAAAUGAAUUCUCAGAGAAAUUCAAGUCCAGCAGUGUUGGAAAGGAGUUACAAAAAGAACUUUCAAAAAAAUAUGACAAACGGCAUUCAGAUGCAAAUUCUAUAGCGCUUAGCACAAGUUCUACAACAAAAUGGGAAUUGCUCAAAACUUGCAUGGCCAGAGAAUAUCUACUCAUGAAGAGGAAUUCAUUUGUUCACAUGUUUAAAAUAGGGCAGCUGAUAAUUGUUGCUCUUGUAACUAUCACCGUCUUUAUACGCACACAAAUGGCUGUCGAUAUAGUACAUUCAAGUUACUAUGUUGGUUCGCUGCGUUACACCAUUAUCAGGCUUAUGACUAAUGGAAUUGCAGAAUUGACAUUAUCUAUUGUUAGUUUACCAGUCCUUUACAAACAAAGAGAUUUUCACUUCUACCCGGCAUGGGCAUAUGCAAUACCAGCCACUGUCCUAAAGAUACCUUUUUCUCUGGUGGAAUCUUUCAUCUGGACAGGACUAACUUAUUAUAUUAUUGGAUACAGUCCUGAAAUAGAAAGGUUCCUCUAUCAUUUCCUUCUACUCUUUGUGCUGCAUCAAACAUCAACAUCCAUGUUUCGUUUUCUAGCCUCAAUUACGAGAAUACACCAUAAAGCAUCGUGUUCAGGCUCUCUGGCAUUAGUGACAUCAUUUAUGUUCGGGGGAUACAUUCUUCCACAAUCCUCAUUUCCAACAUGGUUACAGUGGGCUUUUUGGCUCUCACCAGCAACGUAUGCAGAAAUAGGGUUAUCUAUUAAUGAAUUUCAGGCACCAAGAUGGCAAAAGUUGUUGCCAGAAAAUGUGACACUUGGGCAGCUGGUCUUGAAGAGUCAAGGACUAAACUACAAAAGAUCAUUCUGCUGGCUAUCAAUAGGAGCCUUGUGCUUUUUGACACUACUUUAUGACUUUUGCUAUACUAUAGCACUGACUUGCUUAAAUAGUACGUUAUAUUUCUAUAACUUUAUUCUGUUAUGGCUGUCAAUAAAACUGGAAACUGAAACCUCUUGCUAUUUAGAUCCAGGAACUUCUAAAACUAUCAUAUCAAAUCAACAGCUUAGUUCACAGAGGGAUGGAAAAGGCUCUGACUUCUGUAGAAAUUUAGAACGCAAGACAGCUAAGAGUUCUGCACCAGGUGUUAGACAAAUAAAAGGUGAUAACCAAAGAAAGCCAUUUUUUGUCCAUUUAUUUCUCCGAAUUUCCCACAGACAAUACUAUCAACAGUGCCUAUUUCUGCUUGCAGGAAAGAUGAUCAUACCAUUCAAGCCAUUAACUAUGACGUUUCAAAAUGUAAAUUACUACAUUGAUGCGCCUAAGGAAAUGAUAGAACGUGGAUUUUCAAACAAAAGGCUGCAACUUCUAGAAAAUAUUACAGGUGCAUUAAGGCCUGGUAUCCUUACAGCUCUAAUGGGAAUCAGUGGAGCUGGGAAAACAACCUUAAUGGAUGUUCUUUGUGGAAGAAAAACAAGUGGCGUUAUUGAAGGAGACAUAAGAAUUGAGGGAUACCCUAAAAUACAAAAGACAUUUGCUAGGGUAUCAGGCUACUGUGAACAAAAUGACAUACACUCUCCACAAAUUACCAUUGCAGAGUCAGUUAUGUUUUCAGAUUUGUUAAGACUCCCGCCAGAGGUAGAUCGAGAAACUAAAACUGACUUUGUUGAAUUUGUCCUUGAAACAGUUGAGCUUGAGAAAAUACGAGAUGAAUUAGUUGGAAUUCCAAACAUAAGUGGUUUAUCCACAGAACAAAGGAAACGGCUAACAAUUGCUGUGGAACUAGUAACAAAUCCAUCUAUUAUAUUUAUGGAUGAACCUACAUCAGGUCUGGAUGCAAGAGCAGCAGCUACUGUCAUGCGUGCAGUCAAAAAUAUCAUCAACAUGGGAAGAACAGCGGUUUGUACAAUCCACCAACCAAGUAUUGACAUAUUCGAGUCAUUUGAUGAGGUAAUGAAUAUCCUAUAAGGAAAAACAUUAUAAAUAUUCAAAGCUGGAGUACUAACAUAGCAUUUCAAAAACAUAUUAGCUUGAGAAAUAUCUAUUCCUACACAGAAGAAAGCUAUCCCCCUGGUGUCAACAUAUAUAUAAAAGCACAAUUUGAAUAACUGAAAGAAGACCACUAUGGACUAGAGCCAAAUAAGUGCAACAAAAUUAAUACGCUGCUUCCAGGAAAUAGGAAAAAGUUGAAGCAACAUUUAUGACAAUCACAGAUUUCUUAAAGACUUAUGUAGUUAAAUGCGUAAUAAUAUACCUUUUUUGACACAGGAACUGAUAUUGCAUGCUGAAAAUGUUAAGAUAAUAGCAAAGACCAACAACACAAUCAAUAAGCCAAACACAAACAAAUAUACAAACACAAGCACAACAAUCUUUGUGAUUCAGUAAGAUCCAGUUAAAACAAAGUUGCACAAAAAUCAAAUAAUCCCCUAAGCUAUAAAAGGGGCAUAUAAAGAUAUCACACUUCAUACAAAAUUAGAGAUAAAGAUAGAGAUACCACUUUUUCUAUGUUAAUGGUUGAGAGAAUGCAACCAUCUGCUACCAAGACGAGAGAUUGAAGAGAAGAUGUUGUUCAUGCUACAAUUGUUCUUUCUUUACUACAAGAAUCCAAACAAGAACUUCUACCUAUUAUGAAUAAAAACUUAUCUUAUUAGAAACGGAAAAAAAAAAAAAAUCUCUUCUUUCCUAAGUCAAAAAAACCUUCUACGAGCACCUAAAAAAACUCUUGAUGCCCUUCUUUCUCGAUAAUAGCCUCACUCUCUCUUCUCUCUCUUAUCUUUAUUUGCUUGUUUUGGGAUGUCAAGCCCGUCCACUUAAGCCUUUAUUUAUAAUGGUAAACAAUCAACCUAAAAUAAAUUACAAGAUCUUCAUAGCCCAAAAAAUAUAAAAAGAUCAUCUUAGCCCUUAAAAAAUAUCCUCUUUAAAUUAGAUAUAGCACCAAAUCAAGUAAAAAAUAUAAUAGAAGAUUGCUCAAAUAGUCAGUUGUACAUUUUUGGUAGUGUAAUAUCUACUUGACAACCUCCCAGUUGUCGUUUCAUGGGCUGGACAUGUAUAUGCAAAAUGAAUCCACUGCUUAUAUAAUGUCCAGUCUUCUGCAAAUCAUUGCAUUGACAAGUCUUCCAAUGGUUGAGGCAAAAGGCAUACUUAGUCUUUGUCUAUCAUAUUAAGCCUAUCUAUGGACCUUAUGCAGAGGUCAACAACUCCAUGCCAUGUAUUUUCUAUGAACCUUUGUUGAUUUCUCCUUACCUAUAACAUAUUCUAUUUAUUUGUUACUAUUUGAUAAAAAACCAUAAUCUACAUUGCACAUGCCUUCCUAAAACUAAGGUGAGACGUGCCUCAAAUAUUGUGAGGUGUACGCCUCACAUAAAUGUCAUGAGGCAUGCACCACAAGGCUAUUUUUUAGAAAAAGUAUGGAGGUGUGCCUUGAAUUACAUAAUUUCAAAUAAUGGAGUGAUUAAACAAGAGUAAAAAGGAAUGCGGGUAAAUGUUGAGAGCAAGAUGUGUAAGUGAAGCAUAGGGGUUGUCAAAUGGGUAAGUGCGAGUGACAAGUGAGCGAAAUAUAGCAAUAGAGGAGCAAGGAAAGGGCUUAUUGUACAAGAAUUGGACACAUGAAAUAGGCUAGAAAGAAUGUAGUGAGGGUGGAGGGCAUAGAAGAGAGGAUUAGACAUGCAGUGUGUGGGAAGUGCAAGAGAGAACAAGGAUCAAGCUUAAAGGCUUUUGACAAAAUGAGGGAAAGUGCUGGGGGGGAUAUGUAGUGGUGGCUAGGGAAAAGAUUAGCCAAUUUCCAAUAAUAAGUUAAGAGGGUAAAGAGCUUAAUUAAUUUCAUAGUAAAAUCAGUGCCUAUACAUAGGAUAAUGCAAACAAUAGAAUGGGAAAGAAUUUACAAUGGAAUAUUCUAUAAAAAAAUAAAUGAUAUUUUCUAAUUACUAAAUUUACAAUAUAUAAAUCUCUAUGAUAAUAAUUGUUAUACUCAUUAAACAAGCUCAACUAGAAUCCUCAUCCCUCCUUAAAACUCUAUAAUGAAAACAAUUGAAUAUUUGAAAGUCAAAGUUAUGAAAUUAUUUUAGGAAAGCAUUUUAGAAAUAAAAAAAGAGAUAAAUUGUGAUCUUCUCCUAUGAUUCUAUUUUUAUUUUAGGAAAGUUGUUUUAGGAAUAAAAAGAAGAGAUCGAUUCUGAUCUUCUCAUAUAAUUCUAUUUUCUAAUUUUUAGGAAAGGAUUAUUCUCCUAUGAUUCGAUUUUCUGAAUUAUAGAAAAGAAUUAAGCUAAUUAGUUAUUUCCUUUAUGAACAUUUUUUUAGUAUAUAUAUGCAGAUGAAGUACUUAUUUUAAUAAGAAGAAUAAUCAAUUAAGAAAUUCUUCAUGAUAACAGAACUAGUUUUUUGAACCCUAUUUCCUUUAGGCCGCCUCUCUCUAACAGAUUCUUUCAGGUCAUCUCUUCUAUGUUUCUCAUGCCGAUUCUCUUUGGUCAGUGUUCAUCCCGGCAUUCUUCUUCUUUAUUUCUAGUAAUCUUUUUCGUUCUUUCCCCUUAUCCUCUUCUUUGCAAUACGGAAUGACCUCAUCAAAAACAUUCGGCAUCAUGACACCACAAUCAAGAAGCAGUUUAGAAAUUUUAAACCUAGGAGGAAGUGAUUCUUCUCCUAUUUUCAUAACAUGAUACAAAUUAAAUUGAUGCAGGACUACUUAGAUGACAUGCU